CGGGGUGAUGGUCAUGAUGAUGGUGGUGGUGAUGAUGAUGGUGGUGGUAAUAAAAAUGUUGAUGAUGGGUGUGUUUACGGUGAUGACGAAAUUGAUGAUUGUGGCGGUGAUUAUGAUGAUGGUGUGAUUAUGAUGAUGGUGGUGAUGAUGGUGGUGGUAAUAAAGAUGGUGGUGGUGAUCGUGGUAAUGACGGAGUUGAUGAUUGUGACGAUGAUGGUGAUGAUAGUGGUGAUGAUAGUGGUGAUGAUGGUGGUGAUGUUGGUUGUGAUGGUGAUGAUGGUAGUGGUAUACUAUAAAGAUGGUGGUGAUUGUGGUAAUUAGUAAUGGUGCGAUGAUGAUAUUGAUAUAGUAAUAUCGCGUUGAUAGUUAUCGUGAUAAAUGUAACGCUGAAGAAAUUAUGGUUGCCGUGAUGAUGGUGGUGAUGGUGAUAAUAAUAAUAAUAAUGAUAAUGAUAAUGAUAAUGACGGUUGCGAUGUUGAUAAUGAUAGUGGUGAUAAUAAUGGUGGUGAUAAUGAUAGUGGUGAUAAUAAUGGUGGUGAUAAUAAUGGUGGUGAUAAUAAUGGUGGUGAUAAUGAUGGUGGUGAUACAUGUGAUGAAGAAAUGAUGGUUGUUACAAAG